UGAGUCUCAGCGGGAAAUUGAUCCCUUCAGGACCACAAUCAAAUUAGAAUUCGGCGAGGGGUUGAAAGAGCAUUAUUGGGUCUAUCUCGGACCCCUUCAGCGCUGCAGUAAAGUUGUGACAGAGUUAUUUACCGAAGCCGAGAGCCUCCGCAAGGUCUACGAAGAGGCCAAGGCUAUCAAAGCCCACCUGAAAUCAGUCAUCAUGCCCGAAGUUGCUGCUGAAGCUUUCUCAGAUGACGACACCAUCGAGGCGGUCCGGUUGGUGCGAAGCUGCUUGACGCAAUAUCCGCAGGAAGAAUAUCAGCCGAUCAUUCGUAAAUACCUCAAACAAUAUGCUGAAACGAACGUGUUUCCGGAUGCGAAGAAGAUGAAGAUGCCUCAGACCAAGGGAGGGGUCAAGAAUAAAGCUCCCGUUGAUCUGCCUUUGACUGAACGCUUGAAUCAGUUCACUGCAAUCGGCGUACGAAGUCUUGCACUCGAGCUGUAUAGAGUGCUCAGAAAAAUUCACCUCACCGAAAGGGGCAACGCUCGCCAGGACAAACUUAAAGCGGCUGCCCAAGGCCGUAUCCUUCUACAGGGUGCCGACAGGCGAACAGUAUUCUCCAUUCUUUUCUGGCUUACCAACCACGAAUUGAGAUACGAAGAUGCCGCUCAUCUGUGCAAGAUCCAUUCUCUUUGUGAGAGGCUGGAGAUUCGUGAGCUUUCAAAGGCCUGCAUGGAUACGCUCUCAAAUGCCAUGCACUCGGCUUUGGUGUCUGCUGAAGUCGCAGGCAACAGUCUCAGAGGCCUUCUGGAGAAAUCGCAUGUCAGCGAACCGUCUGCAGUGGUUAAUGCGCAUUUCAAUGAUAUCGUACCCACUGUGUUCGACUAUGUGCUUGGCGAGGCGAAUGCUCCGAUAGUCCUUCGAGACCUCGUCAUACAAGCUCUAGCCGCUAACGACGCCGACUUGAAGGCCUUUGAGCUGAUCGAAAAGAGGGUUGACAAGACACUGCUGGCAUUUCUCUACAAGCGUACUGCCAGGGAACGAAACUUCUUGAAAGCGAAUUACAUCUCCAUCAAGCCCGAAGGCGAGCCCAUGUGAGACGCGCUGGUUCGUAGGCAGCCGCCAAGGCUUCCGCUUCUCUCUUGUCGACGGAGCAUUUCAUUAUUCCCCUUCGAAUUUCACAUAUUUGCAAUCUAUCAGUGGGUUUUAUUGGUUCCAUUUCUUACAGCAACCAUCAUCUCAUAUGGCUUCACAUACUUCCCACAAGGUCUGGGUUCGAUUUAUCCCUUUCACAUAGUUGCCUAGAAGAGUGCAAUUUCAGCUCUUAUUGACCAUUAUCCA